GGCGUAUAUAUAUAUAUGUAUAUUUAUCAAUGAGGCUCUAUGCCACGUUGGCAGUUUAGCGCUGCACGGUAUUUUUUCGUAGAAAAGGCGUUAUUCCGUCAAUUUACGUAUAGAUAUUUUUGAAUAUUGAAAUUGUGAAAAUGUCGAUAUGACAAAGUGCGGAAGGUGUUAAACACGAGACUUUUCGACGGUUCGAAGCGUGUGCUCGUAGCGUGCCUCAGGGUGGGGCGAAGAUAAAAGUGAGAAGUGGGUAAGAAGCAAAAUUUAGGCUGCUUCCUCGCGUUGCACUUGCGACUGUUUGCGACUUCACUUAAUCGGCGAUGAUCAUACGUGUCGUUAACUGUUGACCGGUACACCGACAACGAUUUCAUUACAGUGAUGUCGUCAGACAUGAACCUGUUUGAUUUGCUGGAGGACACGUUUCUGAAAGGGGACAUUAUUAAGGAUGAGCUAUUUGAUCAUAAUUAUGGCGACGUCAUUACGGCAGAAGAAUACCCAUCGAAUUCCGAUGACCUAUUUGCCUCGAUCUUGAAAAUGGAGGAGGACCCAAAUCUUGAUUUCAACUUGAUUGGGAAGGAUCUAGAAACAAUCGCGUCCUCCUCGUCGGAUAGUGGACUCUCUAGUGCGCUGAGUCUUUCCUACGAACAGCAAUUGAGUCCAUUCCUUUCGAAGGCGGACAAUAAUGAGGAAGAGGAGAUCAUUAAUUCUGACUUGAACAGUCCGCAAGAUUUUGUAGACUUUGAGGCUGCGGCCAGUCCGUCUUUAGCUAGCGUAGAUAGCCCUGUCAGAUCUGUCAUGAGCUCGAAUAUCGGUUCACCGAUCGCCGACAUGGCCGAAGAGAUGGAUUACGAGCAAUCUUUAGUUGCCAUUGUAACGCCAAACAAUACUACGCCAAGCUUGAACGCUACUAUCGCCACGGAACAACCGGGUGUUGAUAUCGAUUCAGCACCUAAACAGCAAAUUCAACCAACGCCACAAGAAAAUACUGUAAAUAUUCGCAAUUUAACAUGUAACGGAAAGCGAAAUAUUCGACAAUUGAUACGCGUUACUCCAAUGGGUUCUGGUAAUCCACGAUCUAUUCUAUUGCCAGUGAGUCUAAAAGAUAUGAAGGAAGUCCGAGCUAUUAAAAUCAUGACAACACAAGCGAAAAAUUUGAAAGGCUUCAAAAUCAAUCAAGCAAACAUAAUAAAUAAACCUAUUCAGAUGACUAUCAAACAAGAGGAUUCUAAUAGUGAUAAAGGUAAUUCCAGUGAUGAGGUGACGUCAGAAACGGACUCAACUUAUCCACGACUAAAGUUAAAUGCUGAAGAAAAGCGAUUAUUGCAAAAAGAGGGCAUUACAUUGCCCAGUCAUUAUCCGCUGACAAAGCACGAAGAGCGUGAGUUAAAGAGAAUCAGACGCAAGAUCCGUAAUAAAAUAUCCGCGCAGGAUUCUCGCAAGAGGAAAAAGGAAUACGUGGACGGCUUGGAAGAUCGCGUGAAGCAGUGUACAGAGGAAAAUAUAACUUUGUUGAAACGAAUUAAAGCCUUGCAGUCGCAGAAUCAAAGUUUGGCCGGACAAUUAAAAAGACUACAAGCGCUCAUACAAAAGGGUAACAAGAGCGCCCAACCGGCAACUUGUCUGAUGGUCUUGCUGCUUUCGUUAGCUCUUGUCGCUCUACCGAAUUUGCGACCACAUUCCAACAAUAAUAAUGAUUUAACACAAGAACAGGAGCAGCCUGAGAAAACAUCGCUCGCAGGUCGCUCGAGGACUUUACUGUAUACGAAGCAGCUAAUGGAUGAAGAAUUGCAGCAGUACGGUGAGUUGUUGCAGGAGGUCGAAGGCCUUCUGGAUCAUGACUACAGCCCAGUAAUACAGAUGCCUCUCUACAAACGUCCCCGCAUUGACAAUGAAGCUACUCCUAAGUACGUCUCUUCUAUAAAUCAUGUCGGAGGAACGCUUGGCUUGAAGUCAGAUCUUGCCAUCUCAAAGAAGAAGAAACAAUAUAUCGAACCACCGUUGGAUGAUAUAUGGCCGCCGCCAAAUCCAGGCGGGCAGAAAACAGUCAAAGUGGAUAAGCUCGAAGCUCUUACUAACGAACUCAAGAUCAACAUCUCUGACGCCGAAGGCACUAGAACAGUUCUUGUCAAGAUGCCUCAGGAUAAGUAAGACGUGUUUACUUUUGUGUGCAGCGAUACAGUAGUAUCUUAUUUUAGCUUAGGAAUUCACGACGAUUAGAAAUAUAUUUUAUUAUUAGAGCGGCAGUAAAGUAAAUUUGUUUCCUUUGGUCGUUUUAAAAAUUAUUGAUAGUCAACGUCAUUAAAACAACUUUUUGAUAUCAAUAAUUGAAAUAAUAACUAUGUUCAAGAGACGCAAUAGUUAUACAACCGUUGAAUAAAAAAAUAUUGCGAAUAAAUAUCUAUGUAUAGAUAUAGAUAAUUAUUUUUUAAAGGCCAAUUAUUCAGUUGUAUUUUCUACAUGCGGCCAAUAUAUUUCUCAGCAGACAUCGAAUUGUCGAUACUAUUAACAUAAUGAUUUAAUAAUGUUAAACUGUGAACCGCAGACGGCCGCAGUCAUACAACAAUCUUAUUCGCUAAAUGUGGUUCACAUAUACAUAUUUGUAUGUGUAUGUGAGUGGGAAAUGGAGGGAUGGAGCAAAAGGGGGAUGCUCUAUGUGCAAAAUUUUCUAAGAAUUUUUAAUGAUUAGAUGACUUUUAUUUACUAUUUAU